CGAACCACCGACGCUACCAUAGCAAUAAAGAUGAGAAUAAGAGCGACAAAGAGAGGAAAAGAGAGAGCCUAUAGAUUAUAGAAAAAGAAAAGCAUAGCUCGUAGAAACUUUAACUUAGAGGGCCAAGGACAAUUUUAGUGUCAACAUAGUGCCUCAAUAACCGUUUAUUGUCCUAAGUAAAGCUAUAAAUUAGUACAAUAAAUUCAUAUUAUCAAACAAGUGUGAUAAAUAAAUAUAUAGAAUAAGUAAUUAUUAUAAAUUUAUAUACAAAAACAAACAAUAUAUAAAUAUGUAAGAAUGCCUAGAUGCGGGUAACUACCAUGUUACUUUUUUUUUCGUUUACUUAAUUUUUUUCGCGCAAUUAUCCCCCGUUUUAUAAAAACGAAAAUAAAUAAUCAUAUAUUAAAUAAUAUGAUAUAUUGGCAUGACGUUGAUUUGGGAAUGAUAUUUGAAAAUAUAAAAUUUCAUAUUUAUUAAUUUAAUUGUAUGUCUGUUGCGAUAUUGUUGUUUAAUUUAAAACAAAAAUGGAGAUGAAGUUACCUGAGCAAGUGCAUCAAGUUUGCAGAUUAUGUGGACAAUUUGAAAGCAUAUAUAUUGAUAUUUUUGGCGAAGAAGGUACUAAAAGAUUACUAGGAUUGAAAAUAUUUAACAAAAUAAAUAUUGUGAUAGAUGAGACGGAUCCUCUGCCGAAGUCGAUCUGCGUUCAAUGUCUGGGAAAACUUGAAUUUGUUUGUGACUUUCAAGAGGAAUGUCUACGUACUCAACAACUGUUACGCGAUCAGUAUGAUGUACCUUCCAUACCAGACGUCGGAGAAAAAAUAAUAACCGAGGAAACAAAUGUCGUGGAAGAGUCAGUAGUGAUUGCUGAACCAGCUAGCACGUCUACCAACAACAACAGUACCGAUAAAAAUCAUAAUUCAACAGCUGACAUAGAAAACGUUGAUCCAACACGUGAAGAAAAGUGCAAAGAUGUUACUGAGCCGCAGGAAAUUACAACAAAACCUAAAAGAACACGAACUUCACCUAAAACAAGGUCUAAAAGUAAUGACAAGGAUGCCAAUGAUCGUGUCGUUGACGAAACGCCCAACCGCAGAUGGUUGAGAAGUCGCAACACACCCGAGUCUCGUAUGAAAACGCGGAAAAAAACAAAGUCGAAAAAUUUGUCACUCAACAAAGUCACCACGAGAACAAAAUCUGCUGUCAAGGAAGGAGUGUCCAUUGUAACGCGACUGCGGAGUCAAAAUCAAAAUCAGAACCGAGCUAGUUUGAAUUCCGAGGCUAUUAACAAUAAGACGAAUGACAAUACAACAGGAUCUAAGACACAAGAAAAGAGUAGUGAUGAAAAACGAAUGAUUCAAAUACCAACUUCAGCUUUAAAUAAAGUUUUGACAGCCGUAUCAUCAUCACCGGACGUUGAAGUUUCCGUCAAAGAAUCAAAUAAUCGCAAUGGUGACAUCGAGGACAUCAGUUUUACAUUAGAACUGAGAAAAAAACAAGAAACAGAAUCAUUUGUUACUGUGUUAGCUCGCGUAUUUCCCGACCAAGGCUCAUGCCUCGUCGGUUCUGAAAUAGUCAAUCUAUUGGAAGAUGAAAACAACUCGGAAUUGAGUCAGAUAAUCAACACGAUCGUUAAGGGAAAAGUUGGAAAAGACAAAGACUCCGGUGCUACGAGAACUGCUGAGUUAGAGGAACUGGAAAAACGGCUGUCUAGUAUCAGCGACAGUGGUGGUGGUGGUCUAGUAUCGACAAGGAAUCCCGAAGAACUUUUUCGUAUUGACGGCGAAGAAAUUCGCGUUGACGAUAACGUCGAAAGCACAACAGUCGACGGUCAGUCCGGAUACUCGUGUAAAUUAUGCCGUAAAUUUUAUGAACGUCGGGACAAGUGUACUGUCCAUGUUAAAACACAUCUUGGUAUAAAACAGUACGCGUGUACACUUUGCGUCGCUAAAUUUGUAUGUAAGUCAGAUGUUAUGAAACACAUAAGAUGUUCACAUACAAAUCCACGGCCGAUGCAAUGUCCCAAGUGUCCAAAGCGAUUUAGAUCAAAGUUCGAUUUGACUGAACACGAUAACGUUCACAAAGGCAUCAAACCCUACCAAUGUUCCGAUUGUGGGCAGAGUUAUCAUCAUAAAGUUUCACUGCAGAUGCAUGUAAAGUCACAUCUUCCUCCGCAAAAUUUAGCUUGCGAAUAUUGCGGUAAAAUAUUUCCAUUUCGCACACGAUUGCUCAGUCAUAUUGGAAGUGUACAUUUGAAAAAUAGACGAAAUUUUCGUUGCCGUUUUUGUUAUAAUCUUUAUUCAAGUUUAGCGGUACUGAAUGAUCACAUAAAAACACGACACGCGACAACUUACACGUGUGAAAUUUGUUCUAAAACAUUUAAAGUUGCAUCGAAAUAUAAAGCGCAUGUACUGCAGCAUUCAAAUCCGAAACCUUUUGUUUGUAAUGUUUGUAAUAAUCGAUAUGCAUCUAAAGCAUUUUUGAAUGAACAUCUGCUUAAACAUGAAGGCUUAAGAAAGCACGUGUGCCAAAAGUGUGGAGCCAGUUUUGCUCAAGCCAGUCAUCUGGCAGCACAUCGUCAUGUUCAUGGUGAAAAAACUCAUGCGUGUCCUGAGUGUGGACGUAAAUUUAAUAGACGUGAUAAUAUGAAAGUACACAGAAAAAGGCACUUUGCUGAAUCGGGAAGAAUUGUUACGACUGAUAGUAAAAAUCAAACGGGAGUUUGUGAUAAAUCAGCGCCCUCGCCAGCAUCAGUUGAUACUUCGGAUUCUAAUGAGAAAGUGAAAGAAAAUGACGGUUUACCUCAGACUGUUUGUAUGCGAUGUCUUGGAACUCUUGAAUUUUUAUGUGAUUUUUAUGACCAGUGUCAUAAAACUCAAUGUAAUUUAAAGAAAAAAGAAUUACCAGAAAAUAAUGAAGAUGAAUCUGAAUCUUCCGAUGAAAAUGAAGAAUCAGAUAAAGAAAACGAACUUCCUCCAGAUUAUCCCGAACCUGCUAAUUUAAAAAAAAAAUCUACAUCUCCGUCAAAACUUGAACCAGCUUCCACUAUGACCAAUUUGCCAUCAGUAUCUUCUGCCACGGAUCUUCCAACUAUAGUUAAUCAAGUGCCCGAAAAGUCUUACGAUAACGUUCUGGCGGACAUUACCAGUUUACACCAGCAACGUCCGCAGUCAAACCUCUGCAAAGAAUUAUUUCCUCCAGUUCGAGCCUUGAAAAGACCGCGGAAAUCUUUGAAUUCAAUAUCCCACAGCCCAGUGCGCAAAUCCAAGCGUGUGGAAGAGAAAGAAAAGAGUCACAAAACAAAGAUAAAAAAUUCUGACAUCGACAGUACAGAUUUUGAUAAAAACAUUUCCAAUAAUUCUCUACUCGUCGUGAAAAAAGAGAAAAAGUCUGAUGAAUCGACAUGGAUCUCUACCUUAGUACUGCCGGAACCUGACAAACCAAAGUCGGAAAAUGAAAAAAAUAGUGAGCCGCAAGAUGACGUUGGAUUGGCAACUGGAGAUGAAGCUGAAAGUCACAUAAAUUCUUCAAGUUUAUCAAUACCAGCAUCAAUACCCGAAGCGAAUGCUAAUCAACUUUGCAAUUUGACAAUCGAACGCUUGAGAAAUUCGAUUAUUGAUUCCGGUUUUAAUAAAAAAACCAAAGAAACUUUUGAUGAAGAAGAUGAUGAUGAGGAUGAAGAUGAAUACGGCGAUGAUGGGUUGAGUAUAAAAAAACGCCGCACGAGUGGGAGUUUUGGUAAAUUGUCAGAUCUGAUAAGUAAAGAACAGAAAGAAGAAAUAGAAAAGUAUUAUAGUAUUGACAUGACUGUCAUUGAUGAAAGUGCUGUCAAUAGCAACUAUUACUUUAAUGAUAAGAAAAAUUUAGUAUGUUUGAUUUGCAAUGCCAGCUACCCGCGGGUUGAUAAAUGUCGGGUGCAUAUUUGGAGUCACUUAGAUAUGAAACCGUAUCGUUGCAACGCUUGCGACUUUGCUACUGUUACUGUCACAAACAUACGCAGUCACAUAAGAAAAAGUCAUUUGAAUAUCAAACCAUUUAAGUGUGACGUUUGCCACAAAAAUUUUGGUACUGCGGUUUUAUUGGAGGAACAUUUGAAUGUUCAUACUGGUGCUAAGCCUUAUCAAUGUAAAGUUUGCGACUUUUCGACUGCUGCUCGUCAAGUUUUGCUUUAUCAUAGUGCUAUUCAUAAACCAGCCAAGGAUAUUACAUGUGAUAUAUGCAAAAAGACUUUUUACUGUAAAGGACGUAUGCGAACUCAUAUGCUUACUCACAAUAAAAACAAAUCAUUGAUGUGCAAGUAUUGCUCACAUCAUUUUAGCUCAGAAAAAACACUCGAACGACACUAUGAAAACAUUCAUUCGAAAGAUUAUAUUUGUGAUAUAUGUGGUAAACAUACUAAGUCACGAAAAGCUCUGCAUAAUCAUCAAAAUGUUCAUUCAGAAGGAAAAUUUAAGUGUCCUAUUUGUCCAAAUGUUUAUAAAAGUAGUCAUAUUCUCAAAGAACAUUUGCUUAAGCACGAGGGAAUCAGAAAAUAUAAAUGCGAUAUUUGUAACAAAGAUUUUGCUCAGCAAUCACAUUUGGCAGCACAUCGAGCUGUUCAUAGCGGAAAGAGAUUUUUCUGCCCUGGAUGUAAACGAGGAUUUAAUCGUCACGAUAACAUGAAACUACAUACAAAAAGAUGUGAUAUAUUUUUAUCAAAUCCCAGUAACCAAAAUCUUAUUACAAAACGUCUUAAUUCAAAACCAAUGAGUGCUAUAAAUGAUAUAAUUAAUGAUGAUGACUUAAGUAGUAACGAUUCACAUGAAAAGACUGAUAUUAAUUUUAAAAUUAAUGAUAACAAUAAACAAGAAUCAAAUUUUUGUAUCAAACAAGUAGAUCUAGCGACUGCAGAAAAUACUCCAGAUAAAAAAAUUCAAAAUGAUAAAGUUACCGUCACUGAAAGUGUUCUUAGUUUAGAAUAUUUUUAAAGAAUAUAUAUUUUUAUAUCAAAUUAAUUACUAUUAUUAAGUAUAAAAGUUAUAUUAUUUUUCUUCCAAUUCGUGCCUUAUAAAAUAUUUUUAAAAUUAUAUUAGACUUAUUUUUAUAAGUAAUAGUUGAUAAGCUACAAACAAUUUCUCACUAGUGAUUAAGUUUUGAAGACUGAUAUUACUUUUGUAAUGUUUUUUUUUUAUACUAGUAAUUAUUAUUCUGGUAAAGAAAAAGUAAGCGGUCUGUUAAUUUGAAACAUCACAAUAU